CGAAAUAGAUUUAUUGUUAAAAUAAUUUAACGCACUUUAUUUUAAUAGGUGUCUUAUUAAUAUUUAUAAUUAUUGUUUGAGGUUUAAGUGCCAGAUAAAAAGCUUUUUCGGUUAAGUACUUAUUAUUAUUAUUAUGCCUUUUUAAACAUUUGCACAGGUAUAAAAUCUCGUUGUUAGCAAAAAUGUUAACCGUAUUAAAAUGGCGUCUGUGUUUUCAACUUCUGCUACUUGUUGGUUGGUGGUGUGUGUGGCUUUGAGCGGUGUCAAUGCAGCAACCAAGCCUGAAGAUGCUAAAAAUAUCUAUGUUGAUAUGAUCAAAAGUUUUGAUCCAUUACCAGUGUCCACUGAGUAUCUUGAAGGCACGGUUGCUAUGGAGAAAAUAGAAAAUCCCAUCGGUAGCGUCAACGGUUUAUCGAACAUCAAUGGCUUGUCGUUGGCAACGACCGAAACUGAUGAACAGUUGCAAGUUACAGGAACUUUUACAUCUACUAUCAGAGUUGUUGUGGCAAUGAAAGCAGAUCAUAACGAAACCUAUCGAGUUCCUUGCAUCUACAAGUCAUACAACAUGAAUGCCAACAUUGCCAUGUCCAUGGUAGUUGAUUCGCAAAAUGAGAAGGCUCAGCUGUCGGAGCUAACUCUACAAUCGGUGACAGCGCUGGACGACAAUGACCAACUGCGUUGCGAUUGUGGAAUGGACUAUAUUCCGGAAGUAUUCGCUACUGAUGCUUUCACAGGUUACGUUAAACAUGUGAUUGACGACCAGUUAGAGAAUGCUAUCAGGAGGCAAAGUGCAUAAAUAAAUAAAUAAAUAAAUAAAUAAAUGGAAUAUUCAUUAACACAGAUUGUGUAUUAUUAGUAGAAAUUGUAGAAAAGUUUAUAAUUCAAUAAAACAACUAUUUGCAGCAA